AUGAAUAGAAAAAAGAAUAGCUGGAAGAAUUAAAGUAUAUACAUGGACUUUUGUAUGCUAUCUGUUCAUUAAGAUCUUUAGCAAAUAUAAAAUUAAUUUGGCUAAAGAACUACAAAAACCAAUAAAAUAAAUAAGGCUCACAAAUAAUCAAACAACAUAAUAUACAAAAUCGUGUAUCAAACUUAGUCUUCUAAAGCUUAUUCGUUUCUAUAAAUUGCGCAAAAAUUAAGAUAUUAGCUACAAUUAUUAUUCAAUGAAUAUAAAAUAACUUUUAUUUCAAUAAUAGUUCACACUAUUUGUUAAUAACCACCAACAAAUCUAUCAAAUAAUUAAUCAUAUUCACAUUCAAGUUAUAUAAAAACAAUCUAUUAAAAAAUAUAUUUAUAAAAACCUCAACUAACUAACUAAUUAACUACUUAACUAAUACUAUAUUAAUUAAUAAAUUAUUUAUUUGUAAAUACAUUCAUUUACUUUAUGUACAUAUUUCAACUUAACAAAUUUUUAAAAUAAUCAUCAACUAUAUUUCACAUUCAUCUCAAUACAUUCAUUCAUUUAUUCUUUCUUUCUUUUAAAUUUCUUUUACUCUUUGUUUACGUGUUUUUUUGA